AUGGACGCAUCGGCAAGUGAUACGCUCGACAACAUCGUUGUGAAUUUGAAGCCCAAGCGCUUUCAGUGCGCUCGUUGUCAGAGACGCUUUGCUCGACUCGAACACCUGCAGCGUCACGAGAGGACGCAUACACGGGAACGGCCGUUUCCAUGCGAGCGGUGCGAUUCUCGCUUCACAAGAAGGCAAGUACCCGACCUGUUGAUACGCCAUGAGCGACUCUCGCACGGUAAUACGCGGGCGUCGUCUCGUCUGCAGAAAAGCCUUGACAAAGUCGCCCCCUCUAAACGGGCAGUGAAGCGGUCACGGCCAAAGAAGACACACACGGACAACCAGGAGGCUCCUGGUGAAUUUGCAUCGCCGGCACCACCUGAUCCGUUUUCUAGUCUCCCGCCUAGUCCCGCUUAUACAACAUCCGGGUAUACUUUAGGAGACUUUCCAAAUACCGGUCUUGAGCCCUUCCGGCCCUCUGUCUGUCGGCCUCCUGAAGGCACUGCCGUCGACAGCAUGCAGCUCCCUGACGAUGCCACGGUCCAGCCUACCAUCACUGGUGCCACUCAAGGGCAUUCUGCCAACGGCAGUAUCGACAGCUCGCUAGAUCGGUUUACAGGUUACCUUGAAGCGAACACACUUGCCGCAUACCAUCUGCCCUCACCGGACACCGUCGGGCAAGACGAUUUCCUUUUUCCUUUUGAGCCGUUCAUAGGCUCCAACGAGGAGAACGACGUCUUCAAUCGGCACCAGCUUCAAGUCGACAUCACCUACACGCAACAAGCUUCAUUCUCAUGCUUCUGCUCCCGACUGCCCUCCAUACAACCGGAUCAACAAAGCUUCGACGCAAAUCUUGGGCCACCUGUUGGCCAGUCGGCGGGGCACAGAAGAGUCUUUGAUGUGACAUGUGAUGAGAGGGAACUGAUUCUGCAAAGGACGGCCGACUUUGCUGAUGUCAUCCCAGACUUCCAACUGCCUACCGGACUGUCGCUCUCGCGCUACAUACGCGGCUACGUCGACGGUUUUCACGAGCACCUCCCCUUUCUGCAUAUACAGUCAAUGUCUGCCUCGACAUCCUCCAUCGAGCUGCUGCUUGCCAUGGCUGCCGUGGGCGCGCAAUACUGCUUCGAGUCGGAGAAGGGAGUCAGCCUUUUCCAUGCCGCCAGGGCCAUCGCCAAUGAGCGCAUUCGGAGAAGAGAUGCCGGCUUGACUUCCUCUUUUCAGCAGAACAACCAUCCUGCAAGUGCCUCGAUAUCUCCGUCCCAGUCUACCGGCAUUAGACUGCCCUCUACGGAUGAACCCGCUGCGGGAAAUCCACCUUGCGAUCUAAUCCAGACUGCCCAAGCGCUGCUCAUUCUCAUGGCAAUGGCUACUUGGUCCAAGCAUGGCGAACUCUUGAGAGAGGCUCUGGCAAUCCAGAGCGUCCUUGCGAGCAUCAUCCGCGAGGACGGACUUCGUAUGCCAACGUCCUCUGACCGGGACAUCGCGAGCUGGGAGGCAAUGAUGAGUCAGGAAUCCGUCAUCCGAACCAAGUACAUUGUCUUUUGCUUCUUCAACCUGCACUGCAUUCUCUACGACAUACCUCCGCUCAUCCUCAGCUCGGAGCUCCUGAUGAAGCUCCCUUGCACUGCAGCCGAGUUUCGGGCCGACACGGCAGCUGCAUGGGAAGAAGCUAGGAGAUGUGCUGCCGAGCCGUCUUCCUUUCAGGACGCCAUUCGGUGGCUGUUCUCCAGUAGUAGCCCUGGCCAGGAGACAGCGACCCGGCAAUCAUCAUUGGCCAAUUACGUUCUUAUCCACGGCAUCAUCCAGCACAUCUUCUUUGUCCGGCAGACCGCGAGGUGUCGGAUUGACUUGCCGGAUUCUGACCUGACGCAAGAAGACAGGGCAUCGCUCGAACGCGCUUUGCGCAACUGGCAGUUGAGCUGGGAACUGAGCCCAGAAUCAUGCUUGGACCCGACAAGUGCACAAGGCCCAGUAGCCUUCAACUCAACGGCGCUCCUGCGUUUAGCUCAUGUACGCCUCGCCGUAGACACCGGACCAGAGAGGGCCCUGGGAACCAGAGAUCCCAUUCAGAUCGCCAACGCUCUACGAAACGCUCCGCCCGUCAAGAGAUGCCCCAACCUCACGCGGGCCCUUCUGCACUCGGCGCAUGCACUUAGUAUCCCUAUCAAGAUCGGGAUCCGGUUGGUGGCCAAGACGCAAACGUUCAUCUGGUCCAUUCAGCACUCGCUGUCCUCGCUCGAAUGUGCCCUACUGCUCAGCAAGUGGCUUGCGGCGAUCUCGGCCGCACGGUGGCCAAGCACUGACGCUCAGCUCACAGCCGACGAGAGAAGGAUACUGGGUUUGGUCAAGACGAUGUUGGAUGAAACCGAGUUUGCUGUUCCCGACGAAGUUUCUCUGGAUAUCGCGACGGCUGCAAGGCAGCUCAACAUCGGCAUGUUGAGGGUGUGGGCAACCGUCUUCAGGAGUUCGCAGACAUGGCGCAUUGUGGAUGUAAUAGGAUCAUCGUUGGAUCUGUACGCCGACGUGUUGGAGGCUGCUAGUUAG